AUGGACAAGAAACGCAACAACCGACAUAGACCCAAAUAUUUGUGCAACGCACAUGGUGGUGGACGGGGCAAGAAGUUAUUGGAGCAUUGGUCUUCGACUAUUGUGCUGGUCUAUUUGGUUGUUACCGAAUGCACGUAUCACGUGGUACAGGCCGGUGUUGGGCCAUUUCCCGGUGCUCCGGCUGGCUAUCCGCCGGCCGGGGCACAAGUGGGUGCCGCCAAUCCGGACAGCCUCUCCAUGGCAGUGGCCGCCAUUAAAACUGAGCCUGUCUCUCAAAUGAAGCCCGAAGGUGGAACGCAGGUCUCGGGUGCCGCAAACGCAGUCACAUCGGCCGCUGCCGUGCAGUUGUACAUGCAACAAAAGAAGACAAAUCUGCCAACGGCAACGUCGCAGUUCAACGGCUGCAACGCUUUGAUCACAGCAGCCCCAACAGCAACAACGGCGACAACGCCCAUCGUGAAUUCCUCUUUGCUAAGUGGCGUUCAAGCUCAGCAGCACAAUGGCGGCCUUGGGAUCACGCUCAGCAACGGGCUAUCAGCCACCAUUAACGGUCUCGAACACAAUCAUCAGCAUCAUCAUCAACAACAGCAGCUGCAAUUAUUGCAGCACCACCGAUCUCAUCCCCACCACAACCACCAAAUGCACCUGCAGCAAACACAACAAACAGCACAAUCCCAGCCCCUUUCACAGCCACAGCCACCGGCGCCAACAUUAACGUCAACGUCGUCGCAGCCGCAACCACAAAGUAUUGUUCUAUCCUCAGUAUUGAUUAAGAGUGAGUCAGAGGUCAAUGCCGCCCAACAACAGCAGCAGCAACAGCAACAACAGCAGCAGCAACAAAGUAUUUCCAAUAGCUCUGGCGGUGGCUCGGGAGGUGGUGGCAGCACCAUCACAUCAAUGACAGCAACCUGCGGCUCAGGCGCCCCAGUAGCCGUAGCCACAACUAACACCAACACUAGCAGCUGUAUAACUAGUCAAAGUCAAUCUGUAAACGGAAGCGGCGCAACUGCUGCUGCAGUCUCGUCGGUCGACAGUAAUACUGCCACCGCAAACGGCGUUACCGCCAUCACAACCACCGUCACACCCGGCAACGGAGGAGAUUUGCUCGCCACCUCACAUCAACAACAAGUUAUUGCUGGCUUAGGAGGCGAUCAAGCAACGAUUGGCGCUGUCGCCACCUCCAUUACCGCCACUUCAGCUGCGACUGACACCCUGGCCGCGACUAGCACUGCAACUAGCGUCCCUAGCACUGGCUUGUUACCAACAAUUAUGUCCACAUCGCAGUCAGUGGCUGGCUCAGUUGACUCAGGAUCAAUUGUGGCACCGUUAGUGAGUGGCGCAAGCACUUCACAGGUCAUAGCCUGCCUCAACGCUGCCGGCGUCAGUGCCGGUGGUGGCAUCAUGACCUCUGCCGUGCCAUCCACACCCGUAGCUACUAGCCUCACCUCGGCUCUAGUCCCACUACAUCAACAGCAGCAACAGCAAGCUAUCAUCGAUGCCAAAAAUCAACCAAAGCGUUUGCACGUUUCAAAUAUACCAUUUCGAUUCCGUGAUCCCGACCUUCGCGCCAUGUUUGGGCAAUUUGGCACCAUCUUGGAUGUAGAAAUCAUUUUCAAUGAGCGCGGCAGCAAGGGCUUUGGCUUUGUAACGUUCGCAAAUAGCAACGACGCUGAACGGGCACGCGAACGUCUUCACGGCACUGUGGUUGAGGGACGCAAAAUCGAGGUCAACAACGCCACAGCUCGUGUGCAAACCAAAAAAGUAACAGCUGUUCCAAAUGUUGUACUGACAAAAGACGGUGCUAUACCGGCUCCAGCUCUAGUAUGUGUGCAAUGGCCAGAAGCUACCGUAGCUGCCGCUGCCGCCAUGCGUGGCGUCGCCAUACAACGCGGGCACAUGGGGGUUGUAGGUGCGCCAUUCAAUCCUGCUCUGGCGGCUGUCGCUGUAGCCGCCCAGCAGCAGCAACAUCACCACCACCACCAGGCACACCACCAUCCGCAUCAUGCCCAGCAAUCGGCACACCAUCAAUUGGGGUUGCAGCAAGCGCUGCAAGUGCAGUCAGCUAACGCCACAAAUCAGGCCCACGCCGCUGCAGCCGCAGCCGCGAUACAGACGAGCGCCGCCCAACAUCAACUCCACUCACUGGCCCAAUCAGCGGCAGCCGCUGCAGCAAGUACACCGCAGGCGGCCAAUGCGGCUGCAGCUGCGUAUGCAGCACGUUUGAGCGCCACCGGAGCGGCGGCUCCAUCGCCAUCCGCCGCUGCUGCUGCAUCCAUAGCCGCAGCGGCUAAUGCUGCAGCGGCAGCCAAUGCAGCCGGCACCGCAUUGCACGGAUUCACACCCGUUUACUAUGAUCCCUUCUUAGCAGCCGCUGCAGCCUCUGCUGAUCCGAAUUUGAGAUUCCAGGCAGCCAAACCGGUCGCAGAAGUUCCAGCCGCACAGCCAGCAGCCAUUCUAAAUCGCCGCACUGUGACAACGCUAAACAGUACCCCACAUACGAUCAACCGCAUUCCGGUACCACAAAACGUUUUGGCCACAGCUCCGCUGCUAAAGACUCCGCUGUCACAAGCACAGCAGGCGUACGCCACGGCCGCCACCACCUACACAGCGGUGGCUGCUAGAGCGGCAUAUGGCGCAGCUGCCGCCGCUGCGCAGCCGACGCUGGCCGGUUACGCUACUGUCGCGGGUUACGCUGCAAGGGAGUACGGAGAUCCCUAUUUGGGACAUGGAAUCGGACCAGUACCCGGCUAUGGGGCAACAAUGUAUCGAGGUGGAUUCAAUCGAUUCGCGCCAUAUUAAUUUAAGAUACCCGGAUAAAGCAUGGAGCACCAGGCUUUUGCUGUCCAGAGACCCUUAUAUCUCCACGCAGCUGUGCUCAACACUUGCGAACGCGCUCACACAAUGUUUUACACAUCACAUGGAACCAAAUUAAAAUUUAUUAUAUAAGGCUAAAGAUGUAAUGUUAAGCUAAGAGAAACAUGAAAUCCUUGAAAUGCUCAAAUGCUCAAGAAACAAUGCAAUUUUUAAUGAAGCAACCAAAAAAUACUCAAGCCAAGCGUAAAUACGAUGAGAUUAAAAUCAAAUAUUCAAAGUAUAGCAAAGCAAAGAUUACAAAAUAAAACAUAAGUUGAAGUUUAUCUAACACAUAUACAUACAAACAUACUUGCAUAAAAGGAAAAUGCAAUGAAAAAAGAAGAAAAAAAACAAAACAAAAUAAAAAACAUAAGUAACUUAAUCAAUGAAAAAAUUUAACAGAACAAAUCCGUAGUUGUUAAAUUAAAUGUCGUCCAACCAAUAUUUCAAAUUAUGAUAAAUACAUAUAUUUAUUAGUAUAAUAGAAUAGAAGAUAUAAACCAAAAACAAGGAGAUGAGUCCAAAUUCAAAUGCAGACGAAUCUCUGUAAGCGGUUAAAGUAAAGCCGCAGAUCCAAUUAAAAAUUUUAGCUGAUUACCAUCGCAGUCAUUUACUGGUGAAUAAUGAACUUCCAAUUGAAAUUUUGUCAUUGAAAUCAACAUCAACACCUCCUGUAUUAUCUUUCAUGGAUAAUUUGUAUAUGAGCAGAAGCUGUGUCAUUUUAAUCGUUUAUCUUCAAUUGGUUUUCGUUCUGGUUACUCAUCAAAUAUUUUAUGCAUAAAGCGAAUACUCAAAUAUAAAGAUAAAAUGUAUGUGCACAAUAAAGCACUGUACACCGAGAAAACGACGACGCAAAUACGAGUAUGUGGGUUCGCGGCACUUUACUUGUGAAGAAAAGGUUUGUAAAAAGUAUAAACCAAGCAAGUUUCCCAAUAAAUCUCUCAAAUUGCCGCAUCAUAGGUGCAGUCCGCGAAAAAGCGAUGGCACCUCGACAUUUUAAUCAGUUUUAACAAUUUCUCUUUUGUUUUUUGUUCGUUAUUUUUUAUAAAAGUUUAGCUCAUUGUCUAACAAAAACCGUAGAAACCCAAAUUAGAAUUGUAUGCGAAAACUAGUAAAAUUCCACAAAUUUUUAAUCCCUUUAAAUUCCCUGGUUUUUAAUUAGAAUUUCUAGAAAAAUGUUUGGUAUGCAAUUUUACAGAUUACAAAAUUUUUAAUUAUAAUAAGGUGCAAGCUUAAACCUACUAAGCAAUCCCCUUGUUUUUUAUAAUUUGUUUAGCUGACAAUGUUACGCACUUCCUCCGAUAUAAAAAAUUUUUCAAAGUAUUACAUAAAUAUAAUAUAUUACAUGGCUUUGUUAAACAAAAAGCUAUACUUUUAUAAAAAAAUACCAAUAAUGAACAUUAAAACAAAUAGUUAAAAUUGGUUAAAAUGUUGAGGUGCUAUCAUCUUGUUGCGGGCUGCAUGCUCGAAUUUAAAAAUCAAAAUAAUCAUCAUUCAUAAACUAAAAAUUCUUAAGAGGAAUACUCAUUCAAUUUAUACUUCGUUAACUGUGAGUCAUUAUAAUAUAAUGUUUUUUUAAUAUCUUAGACAAACUUUUACUUCAAAGAGCAUAAUCUUUGACAUAAUUUUAUGGUUUUUAAAUCCCCAUUCGCAUUUUAAAAGUUACUUAAUCGCUUAUUUAGUUGAACGAUAUAGAAGAUAGACUUCUUAAUUGUUUCCAUCGGCAGCUUAUAAGCAUUUCAAUAAAUUGCUUUAUUCAAAAGAAAAAGGCUAUUUUACAUGAAUUAAUCAGUAAUCAAGAAACUAUACUUAAUGCGAUAAGAAAUUGACACGUAGACAUAUCCCUAAAAGAAGAAAAUAAUAACUAUACUCUUUUAUUGUCAAAUUAAUUUUUUUCUUUUCUAGAUCGUAUUCAAAGUUAUUAAACAUUGAUGAAAAGGAAACGGUUUUGUAUUUAAAUAUGAAGUAAAUACAAAAGAGUUACAAGUGAAAAAAACGCUUCCAAUAUACCCCGAAUUUAAGGAGAAUUCAGUUUUCCAAAUAUCCACACACUUCUUGUUUCGUACCCUCAUUUAAAUAAUUAGGAGAUGUGUUAUAGUAUCUUAUAGUCGCUUCAAAAUAAAUAAUAAAAACCCAACGGAGCAGUUUGAAGACCACAAAAAGGGUGUUUUAAACAAUUCUCCAAGUAUUUACGAAUGCAGCUAAAAUAACUCAAAUUGUGAGUAAUCAAAAAUUAACUUUUUGUUUUUAAUAUAAAAAGUAGAGUUUUGUAAAACAAAUUCGAGGGCGCAAAACAAUUGUAUUUUACAGUGCGGCGUAUUAGCUUUGCUCUCGCACUAUAUAAGAAAUAACGAAAACUUCCUGUACGUCACUCAAGGGGGCACUAAAAGUGAAAUGAAUUUUGCUCAAAUUAUGUCAUAUAAAGAAUAUUUAAAUUUAUCAUGUAGUAGUAUCCUUCAAAUAUGACUUACGAUAUGUGUAUGUAAAACUAGAGUCUAUACGAUCUGUUCUAUGAAAAUCAAAUUUUUUAUGAAUUUUUGCAUACGGUAGUGUUUGAGUAUGAAUCUGUCGCGCUGCAACUAAAAUUGCUGAUAAAUGACACAAACUACACGUACACACAAACAUAUUUUAAACAAAACCGAAGCCUGCAAAACAAAACACACGCGAACAAAUUAGAAGCACAAGUAGCAAGAAAAUAUACGCAUAAUAGAUUAUAAAAACUUCCAUAAAAUAUUUGUUUUACUUAUGAUGUGAAAGUAUACAUGAAUCAAUAUGUAAUAGAAAUUAGGAAUUUGUACAAGUAUAUUUUUAAGAGUUGAGCAAUUUAUAAAAACCAAAUAUGAAACAAAAACAAUGUACAAGUGUCAGAAAAAUACCACUUGAAGUAUUUAUGAAUCACUUAAAACUCGCGAACAUUAUUAUACAGAUUAUUACAGUUAAGUGUGGAGUAAAAUGACAUUUAUAUACAUAUGUGGAUAAAUCCAAAUGCCAUCAAAUAAACUAAUCACACCAAAUCGGCUUUUGUAGCUCUUUUAGAAGUCGAUUAGCUCCAAACUCAUUAAUAUAUUAUAUAAUAUUAUUCUGUGUUUAUAAAUUACUUUACUCGAAGCCAAAGUUUAAUGUCUUAAUGAGAAAAUAUGCUCUAAUUUUAGUUUGUAGUACGUUUACUUUAGUAUUUACUUUUUAAAAUUUUACAAUUAAAUAAUCAACUGUCUAAAUACUGUCGAAUGUGAAAGAGUUCGCAAAAUUUUCGUUUCAAUUGAUUUGUGCAUUAAGUAGAUUAGAGAUAAAAGAAAAAACAAAAGUUAAUUAAAAAAGCGAGUAGUAUGUUAUGACUACGUAGGAGUGAAAAGUGUAAUCAAAUCCAUCAAUUGCCAAAUUACUUGUAGCUUUUAAUUGAAUAAGAAAUAAAGAAAAAUGUUAAAAAAAUUAUUAAAAAAUAAAAGGGAAGUGUGUUAGUGGUAAUAUAAAGAUACAUAUACAGAAACUUAAAAAAAUAGUAACAUGUGAAAGCAGAAUGUUUUCAAUUUUAGACUCGUGUGCACAUCAGUAACUAUACCAUGUCAGGUUCGCGAUGAAUUCGACUCCCCACUCAGCACCUUGGAAGCAUAAAUGAGUGCUGUCCCCUCACUUCAUCUAUUAGAACACAUGGUUUUUUAUGGCUGCUGCAGAGAUUUUUCACAAUCCAAUUUCUUCACUUCUUUUAUUUAUAUCCCUGUAAGCCCAAAAAAUACGAUAAAAACAAUUAGAGCUUAAAAGGCAAUUCAUCUCUCUCAACAAAGCCCCCAGCUCUAAAAAAUUUGGCUCACUUUCAAGAGCUCCAUGUCAAACCCAAAGAUCCUAAUAACAAGAAAGCAAACAGUUUCCGAACCUCCUCUUCUACUCACCGCAAUUAUGCAAGCAGCAAAAUGCCUAAAAAUCUCAAAUUAAAUUACGUAGGUUACAAAAAGUUUUAAAACACAAUAAAAAUAAAAAACAUUACAAGUAGUAAAAAUAUAACAAGAACUCAAUUCAAUGACCAAGAAAAAGAAUACAAAGGAAUAGGAAUAUAAUACUCGUAAACUUACCAAUAGAAUUAAAACCCGAAAAUAUUGAUCAAAAAAAUUUAAACAACAUGAAUGGAAAUAUUUUUUAGUGAAAAUGUGCAAAUUUUGCUGACAAAUUCAAUAAUCAGAAAAAGUCUAAAUGAAAAAGGUAAAAGAAAAGGUAAACAAAUAAAUUAUUUAAAAUAUCAUAGAUUUGUGAAAAUUACGUAAACAUUUAAAAAUGUUAGCACAAAAAAGAUGCAGAAGCAAAAAUAUUUGCUCAAAAUUUUAAUAAGAUAAUGCAAACAUAUGAAAAACAUGAAUUUAAAAAUAAAUAAAUUUUAGAGCGUAAAGUGUGCCAAAUUGUAAAACUUUUCAAUUCACAUUUAUAUGUAAUAUUCUUUUCUUACCGUCCCGCUCCUUAUUUCUUUGCCCUAAUUUUCUAAAAAUGGAAAUUUUAUUAUUUAUUUAUUUUUUAUUAUUAAAUAGUUGUGUAUUUUUUAUGAGAAUUUAUGUUUUGAAAAGUACUUCAGAAAAGUCGUAUUUCGUUUGCUUACAUUUUUCGUUCAACUCCUCACUUUUCCUUAUUUGCGCUUAUUUAAAACAAAAAGGAAGCACAAAUCUACAUAAUAUAUAAAUAUUUGGAUAAAUAUUGCUGAAUUAUAAGCUCCUAUUAGGGGAGAGGAAAAUUAAAGACAUGCAUAUGUAUGUAUGUAUAUCAAAGUCAGUAGCAACUAUUAAGGGAUCGAUUGAUCGAAGUAUGCAAAGCUCGAAAUUCAUGAAACUGAAUUGCAACCGGGACACAAUUCUCGAGUCAGACUUCCAUUGAGAACGAACGUUUGCAAAUAAUGAAUAAAACAUAAAACAAUAAAUAAUUUUAUUCCCACU